GAUCACAUUGUUCACAUUGUAGCUUGAGGCUAUUAAAGAGUCAUAACAGCAGCAGCAGCAGCCAGCCGUGACAUUUGCACCGAAACGUUUCCUUGUCGGUGUCCUCCGACUAACUACUAUUGCAACUUGACAAACCAGCUUUCUGUGGAGUAAGGGAAAAUGUCCUUGUCUGGCUGGGUGUGUGUGGUAACAGGUGCCUCCAGAGGCAUCGGUAGGGGAAUAGCCCUCCAGCUGUCUGAGGCCGGAGCCACGGUCUACAUCACAGGACGCCAGGAGAAGACUCUGAAAGAAACCGCUGCACAGGUCAAGGAGAGGGGUGGAAACUGUGUGCCGGUUAUCUGUGAUUCUACAAAAGACGAAGACAUCAAAGACCUGUUUGAACGGAUCAAACGUGAACAGGAUGGCAGACUGGAUGUCCUGGUUAACAACGCCUAUGCUGGAGUACAGGCUAUCUUCGAGAAUAUGGGGACCAAGUUCUGGGAAAUUGAUCCCUCAAUGUGGGAUUCCAUCAACAACACCGGCCUGAGGGGCCACUAUUUCUUCUCCGUUUAUGCAUCCCGGAUGAUGGUGGCUCAAGGUCGGGGCUUGAUAAUCACCAUUUCAUCUAUUGGGGGGCUGCGGUAUCUCUUCAACGUGCCAUAUGGUGUUGGCAAAGCCGCAUGUGACAGGCUGGCGGCAGACAUGGCUGUUGAGCUGAAAAGUAGGGGGGUGGCUUCUGUCAGUCUGUGGCCGGGAGCGGUACGAACAGAGCUGGUGUCUCAGUUAGUUUUGGAGAAAGCACCAGAGGGUGCAGAUACCAAGGUUAGAGAUAUGUUUGCCAACGGGGAAACCACAGAAGUGAGUGGAAUGUGCAUCGUCAACCUGGCAAAAGAUAAACAUCUGAUGUCAAUGACUGGGAAAGUGCUCAUGACUUGUGACCUGGCAAGGCGCUACGGGAUAAAAGAUGUUGAUGGACGGAAUGUAGCUGAUUACACUUCCAUAAAAUUCCUCCUGGGCCAGGUCCCAUAUCUCUCCUGGAUGUCAUAUGUUGUCCCUUCAUUCCUACGCGUGCCACGCUUUGUGCUCACCCUGGCUAAUAGCCGCUUCUAAGCAUUUGCUAUAGCCGCACUGAAGUGACAGUAUCAUACUGUGUUUCAACUACAUGGUCCAAAUUCUAGCUAAACCUAUACAUCAGACCGGCAAUACUUCAUCCAGAGUAGACGCGCAUGCCCACGCCCCCUUUUGGGGGAAAACAAUCCCGUGUCCCUCAUAGACGGUAACAGCGUAAACAGAAGAAGUAGAAACAUGUCUCCAAACUUCUACUUUAAACAAACUGGUAAUAGUAAUAACGCUGUGCCAAAGAGUUGCUGUGUAGUUGGUUGCACCAACAAUAAAUCGAAAAAUGCUGA